AUGGAAAGACUCAGACCUGGGUUUCCCACAGCAUUCCCCUCACCAGUAACUACACAGACCAGAAGGGCCCCACUUUUUCCAAAGACCACGACUUAUUCAAGAACCUCAAAGCUGGGAAUGUCAUUGCUGUGCUUGCUUGUGCUCGAUUUGCCGCUUGGAAGGCCGACGCUCGUAGCGGUAACUUGAACUUCAGCAAGCUCGUCGCCACUAACGUCAAGAUCGAGUAAUUGUGUCUUCGA